CAUUAGCUAGCGGUCGCUCAAAGCAAUUCUCUGUCAAAAAGGGAUUGGCCUUAAGUUAAACAAGUAAAAGAGAAAUAAUUAAUUAAAAUCGUACUGCUAAGAACCCCCGCUGAAACAGAGCAAUUGAAACUAACUUAUUCUAAUUAAGCUUUUUAAACAAGAGGAGAAAAAAGAGAAAAAAAUCCCCCCAAAAAAGUUAUUUUUUUGUUUCAUUUCGUGCGAUUUGUUUCACGAUGGAAAACGGUGCACACUUUUUCGAAGGGACCGAGAAGCUGUUGGAGGUGUGGUUUUCUCGGCAGGAUAAGUGCAAGGGAUCGGGAGACCUUCGGACCAUUCCAAGACUCAGCAGUUCUGAACCAAGAGGGGAAUAUAAUCAGUAAUGGAUCUUGCUUCUCAUUGUGUUGUGGUAUUUGCUGAAUUUGGCUUUCAUAUAUCCCUUAAAAGGGGGAUAUCGACAUCCCUGACGAGGCUGGCAUUUAUUGCCCAUCCCUAGUUGCCCUUCAGAAGGUGGUGGUGGGUCGCCGCCUUGAACUGCUACAGUCCAUGUGAUGAAGGUUUGAGUGGGACAAGCUGUUGGAAAAUGUGCAUUGUUUGAUCAUAAGUGUGACAAAGACAGACAGGCAGGAAGCCUAUAUACUCAGUGAGAGUAGCAUGUUUGUCUCCAAGAGACGUUUCAUUUUGAAGACAUGUGGUACCACCCUCUUACUGCAAGCACUGGAGCCCCUGUUGGACCUUGCUCGUGAGUACUGCGGCUUUGAUUCCAUUCAGGAUUUCUUCUAUUCCCGUAAAAACUUUGUGAAGCCAGCACAUCAGGAAUACCCACAUAGGAACUUUCAGGAGGAAGUGGAAUUUCUGGAUAUGGUUUUUCCAAAUGGGGCAGCCUAUUGCAUGGGACGUAUGAAUUCUGAUUGCUGGUAUCUUUACACUCUGGAUAUGCCAGAGGAUAGUGGGAUCAAACAGCCGGAUCAGACACUCGAGGUUCUGAUGAGCGAGCUUGAUCCAGCUGUCAUGGACCAGUUCUUCAUGAAAGAUGGUGUUACUGUAAAUGAUGUCACUCGAAUGAGUGGAAUUCGUGACCUGAUACCAGGUUCAGUGAUUGAUGCCACAUUGUUCGAUCCUUGUGGCUAUUCAAUGAAUGGAAUGAAAGUGGAUGGAACUUACUGGACAAUUCACAUUACCCCAGAGCCAGACUUUUCCUAUGUUAGUUUUGAGACUAACCUGGCCCAGACCUCUUACGAUGAUCUGAUCAAUAAAAUUGUUGAUGUCUUCAAGCCAGGGAAAUUUGUUACAACCCUUUUUGUUAACCAGAACUCCAAAUGUCGUAGUUCAUUUUCUUCUCCCCAGAAAAUUGAAGGAUUCAAGCGCCUCGAUCGCCAGUGUGCCCAGUUCAACGAUUACAACUUUGUCUUUACUAGUUAUGUCAAGAAUUGUCAACGGCAGCAGAGUUGAAUAGCAAAAAUGAAAAAACGUAAGAAGAAAAUGUGCAAAGAAACUUGUGGCAGUUCUCUAGUUCAGGGUAGCAAGGGCCAAACUUCACACUGCCGCUGUUUUAUCAAUUUUGUAGGCCCAAUAUGUAAUCUUAGAAUUGUGUCAAAUUUGAAAUGUAAGCGUUAUUGUAACAAAAUGUUGGAUAUCUUGCAUGAGUGCUCUUUUCUCUGUUUAGGUUUGCUAGGCCAUUCUUGCCGUGGUAUUGAAGUGCAUGUAGAACAGUUCAGUGCUUAUUGUUUACAGUUAUAUAACAAUUGCAAAGUUAGAAAUGUGUGGUAUGUAGGUUUUCUACAGGUGACGCCAAAAAUUCUCCACAGACAAGGUUUUCGUCCUCAUUAGAUGUGAUCCCUGGCGUGCUUAGAGCAAUUUGUUCAGUUUCCUUUCAUUCCAAUUUUUUUAAAUCAAUUUCUAGCUAUCGGUCAAUUUUCCAUGCACUUGCCUACACUGGGAUAAUUUCAGAAGUUGGAUCAAGCUCAUAAUAUGUGGUAGAUUUUUGUUAUGGGUGCUUAUUUGAUUUUAUCAUUUUACUUAGAUGUUUGAUUUAAGGUGAAAAUUUGCUGCACAAUGUUUAUAGUUACCAGUUUAAUUGACUGAAAAGAUGUUGAACAUUUUAGUUUAAGCAUGCCAGGGAUCACCUCAAACUAUUUUCUGUGAGUUCCCUAAUUAAACAGGUAUUGUGUAACUUGUAAUAUUUCAUGUUUUGUAAUCAUUUUUGAUUAAGCAGAAAAGACAAUUGAUUAUUUGGAAAAUAAUCUAAGGACACCAUGUGUUUUCUCUCCUUUAUCACUUGGUACAACUAAUGUUUUACUUUGUAUCCAGUUAGUGUGGACACAAGUAACAAAAGUAUGCUGAGAAAGGCAUGAUCAGCUUGAAAUAUUGGUUGCUUAUAAUCAAAAGAUGGUUUUGGCUGAUUGCCAUUGAUUUUCUGCUGUUUUGGGCUGACUUGUAGCUUGAAGUUGUUUUGAACUUCAGUAAGUAUACAUGAUGUGGCAUUUGUCUCUUUAAAUAUUUGAACUAUGUAAUUUUGGUUUGCUUGCUAUCUGCUUAUAAAUCAUAAACAGAUAACUGUUUUAUCCCUUUAAACAUCUGGUUGUUAAAUGCUAUCAUGACAACACUAAAGAGUGAGGUUUCAGUUUAAAAAAAACUAACUUUACAAUGGUUUGUUUUGGCAUUGAAAAAUGAUCCAUAAAGAUGGUGAGCUCUCAAGUGGACCAAUCAUUUUUGUUAAAUUAAAAAGACUUUAUUCAACUUUGAACAAUUGUGAGCACAUCCUCAAGCCUUAAGUUAUCAAACCGUUUAAUUCCAUUUGAGCUGCUGUAUACAUUGUUAAAGUUAGCCAAACAGUGCACUUGUUUUGAAAAAUAUAAUUUGUCUAACGAUUGGCAGACUUCACUGUGAAAGAUGAGGAUAUUUACUUGUUGGUACUUUUAAUUGUACCUGUUGAGGGGAAAUUUUGGCGCCAUUAAAAUUUUAAUGCCAAGUUUAAAUAUUUAAUUCAAGUUCUGAAAUCUUUUAUCUGUACUACAAGAUGCCUCAAUAAAUUUUAAGAUUUAUGAGAUCUACUAAUUUCA